AUGGAAGAGAACCUGGAGGGAUCCUUGGGAUAUGAAGACAGCCAGAAUGACAAGAAAGCCGAAGGGGAUGAGGAGAUGGCAGAUGAUGAGACUGAAGACACAGCAGCUGACCAGUCUCCCCAGAGACGAUUUAGCCAGUCAGAACACACCAGAGAUGUUAGUCGUGAUAGUCAGUCAUCCCAAAAGACUGAUCAGAGAAACUCUGUGCAGAUGAGCAGUGGGACAUCUACCAGGCAAGUUCAUGGUGUAGAGCCCGGAGAGUCUAGCCGCCAGAUGUCUGCUCAGCUUGAAGAAAAAACUGUUCAACGCAGAUCAUUGGAAACGGAGGAAAGGAGAGCUUCUAAACAGAGCUACUCUCCUUUGCCUUCCCAACUGUCUAAUGAAGUUAGUAAACGGAAAAAAAGUAGUAUGGUUGACCAAAGGACUGCUGAGCAGAUAAGAAGAUUGUCGAGCCUCGUUCAACCAAAACCUCAACAAGAAAUUGACUCUGGAUUGCUUGACCAAACUGGCGGAGAAACAUUAGCAAAUACUCUACACAAAACGAAUGAAGAGAGUGAACUAGCUGCUGACCAAGUAGAUCAUCCUGACUUCAGUGAACAGGACACUGAAUCCAUGAUUCCAAAAAGAGAAAACUACCCAGAAGAACUCGAUUCUGAAUAUAAAAGACUUUAUAGCUUACUAAACAGCUCAUUUGCCAUUCUUGGAGACGAAGAGGCACAAGAAGAUUCUUUUCAGACAUCCUGCAAAUUUGACCUUAGUCAAAUAAAAGAGAAAAUUUCCCAAACUUCAGUUUCAAGUGAAUCUGAUACUGAAAGUCUACCCAAUCUGCAAUCAUUCACAUUAUACGAUCCCCAAAACACCAGUAUUUUACAAGUUAAAGAUGAAUCCCUUAACCAAACACUCCCUUCUACCUCAAGCACGUUGGACUAUAUACGCAGUAAAGAGAAAUCUCUAAAUGUAUCCUACUCUGAUGAACAUUUAAAUGAUGAAAUGAGUUUUUUUCGACGGCGGUUCCCUUCUUUACUAUACGAAGAUCCUUAUGAAGUUUCAGUACGCUACAUGGAGAAACACAAUAUUCUGCAAAUAUUCCAGCAGAUCACUGAGAACUUGGUGUAUGAAAAGCCCGAGGACCCCCUGAGUUUUAUGCUGUCUCAGGUAUGA